AUGAGAUACCUGAAGGAUGGAACUCUGCCAGCAAAUAAGAAAAAAGCUCGGAGGUUGGCAUACAAAGCUGCCCGAUACAACCUAGUGGAUGGGGUCUUUUACAAGAGGGGAUUCUCUGUCCCGCUCCUCUCAUGUAUUGUUGAGGAGGAAGGAAUGAAGCUUUUGAAUGAGAUACAUGAAGGCGAGUGCGAGAACCAUGCAAGUGGGCAAUCCACAAUGCAAAAAGCCAUGAGACAAGGGUAUUAUUGGCCCUCUAUGGAGAAGGAUGCUAGCGACUUCACAAGAAGGCAUGAAGCAACCUAUAAGAUCAUACCCGACAACGACACUCAGAUUGAAGGAGGGUUGUUCGAGGAUUACUAUAAGGAGAAAGGCAUAAAGAGGAGUUUAUCUGCCGUAGUAAACCCACAAGCCAAUGGGCAGGUGGAAGCCAUUAACAAGGUCCUCAAGAAGAACCUAAAAACAUAG